CAGGAAACGAGAUGGGUAAUAUAUACCAGUGACAACCUGCCGCGCGGGGACAAAGCCCAUGGUCUGAAAUUUUAUCGGUGUGCGAUAUCGACCUAUUCAUCACGUUAUAUAGUUACACUACAUAGGAAUGCGAAGGAGCUUGGAUCCAUAACCCUAUGCUUAAGCAUUUAUUCAAUAGUAGGCAUAGUAACCUAAGUACGGAGUUCUUCUAUACGUUUUUGUCUUCUGAAACAUCCAUAUUCUUUAUCACAUGGAGGGGCAGUUCAGUGGCACAGGAAUACUCAGCUUUGACCUCGAAAUUCACCAAACAGUUGCUGCGGGGUGGGGUAUCUCCAAAGUACCCCACGGGCCGCGAACACCGACUCCCUCAUGAAUCGCCAUCUGCAAAUUUCCUCCUCCAUCGCGGAAGCACCAUUUCUGCUUUCUUCAACCUCAUGAGAAAAUCCUCGAACAUUCCCACCUAGUACGCCCAUCAUUAGAACACUCCUGUCACCACCCCUAUUGAAGUUACCCGGAUAACCCAACUGCUAGCUGGGGACAAGCUUGCAGUCCGACCCGUCGCCCCUCUCUUCCGCUGCCUCCCUCCUCCUCUCUUUCUUUCACCCACCGCAGCCAAAACCACAACAGCCACGAUCUUUUCUCCCCGCAUACUUUAACAUUCGCUCUUUUGCGGGAGAUUAAAACAAGGCCGUCAUUUAUCGCUCAAAAAGUAAGGAGGAGACAAACUACCACAUCCCUACAACUUGGCCCACUGGAUUUCUGCACGGCAUCACCGUCAGCUUGCUGCCAUAUCAAGGUAGAGUUUUCGCAUGCGAGUACCUGGUCUUCUCUCACUCUCUCUCGGAAUAUUGCAAUUACACCUUGCUUCAUUUUGCUGCUCUGACUAGGCCGACCUUUUCUGAGAAAUACCGCUUGUUGAGAUAUUUGGUCGAUUCGCAGGGAUUUUAUUACAAGAGUACGAAGACAGACUUAGAUAUAUGGGAUAAGGGACAAUAGUCUAUCAAAGCCCGAAAUCUCGCAAAUCGUUCGUCAUCCUCCAACGGCUCACAUUCCCCCGCCUGAGCUUACCUCCAGUCGAAAUAUUCGAACAUGACGGAAAACGGGACAGCAGUCAAAGACCAACCGGUGGGGCCGGCGGUUGAUAGCAACAUCUCCCCUGGACUCUCCGCUCCGUCGCGCGACACAUUUUCUUCCAUGGAGACACUGCCCACCCAACGUAACUUCCAGCGUGCCCCCUUAACCGAACAGUCCAGAAUUGCUCAGCGCUCAGCAAUAGCGCAGGCAGAUCUACUCAUGGCUCAUGAAUUGGAAGCGGUGGGCAACGAAGUCCAUGCUGAUGAUGACGAUGACGACGAUGAAGAGGACGAAUUCGUUGAAGUAGAACAUGAUGAUGUGGCAGAUUAUUCUUGGUAUUUUCGGCGGCCACCACCCACAAAACGAACAGAGCUGGAUCAGCUUCAUCCAUUUGUCCAGUUGUUGUCCUUGUCAAAUGUGGAGGAUUGCUUAGCUGUUGAGGCGGCGUUUCCGGAGAAUGAGAGAUGUUCACCUGAGAAGGUCGAAUACCGUUUAACAAAAUGCCCCGAACUUUCACUGGGAGUAUUCUACCUCCCGCCAAAGGAUCCAAGCAAACCAAAACCCAGAGCACAGUUAAUCGCUCACAUCCUAGCCACCAGAACCCCAGCGCUGUGCGUAACCGACGCCGCCAUGGGCAUCCCUCCUAACUGGCGAGACAAGUCAUCAUCUACACUGGAGAGCUGUAACGGCUCCGAGCCACUGGGCCACCAGGACCAAGGCUCGACGAUCGCAGUGCACUCCCUCGCCGUCCUCCCAGAGCACCAGGGGAAGCGGCUCGGCUCCACGCUGUUGAAAGCAUAUAUCCAGCGCAUAAAGGAUGCCGCAAUUGCGAAUCGGAUUGCGCUCCUGGCUCACGACCAUUUGAUACCUUUUUAUACAAGUCUAGGAUUUGAGAAUCGGGGUUUGAGUGAUUGUACGUUUGGUGGUGGAGGGUGGUAUAGCAUGGUCUUGGAUUUCGCAAACGUUGAGGUUUGAUGUGAAAAGGAAGGGGGAUGGAGCCGACGACAACGCUUCAGUUUCGGGACUGCGGGCAGGAAACACAAUAGCGGUAGUGCUCUUUUUUUUUUUUUUUUUUUUUCCUUUGCUUUUUCUCAUUGUUUCUUCCACGAGCAUAUAUGUAGGCUUUAGGUUGGAUUAGACUGGGAGAAUCAGAGUGCACAUGAAGGGAUUACGCGGUUGAGACGGAUACCAUAAGAAGCAUCGACGUGAAGGUCUAGGUAUAUCCCU